AUGCUACCGCUGUCACCCUCCAUGCCGACACUGUUGGAUGUCAAAAUUCAGCGAUACAUCGAGAACCAUGAUGCUAAGCUUGCCAACGUCCCGCACAUUUUCAUAUCUAACACCAGUGUGCCUACACUGGCCAGCAUCGUUCCCCAUUUGUGGAAGCGACUGAGAGGUUACUCGAUAGACGAAAUCAUCCGCAUCGACGGUGUGGGAUUCUACAUAUCAUUUCCCACUACCGAGGAUGGCCGGAACGAGGCCGACAGAUGUUUUGUCAGAACCAACCAUACAGAGUUUUUCAACUAUGACAUGGCCAUGCAGCUUCGUCUGCCGCGGCAGUCUCGGCCAACGCCACAGAAGAUAUCUCCUGUCUCUAGCUACGAGCAUCGCCGCCCCGUCGACCAGCCGCAGACUCGUACCAGGGAUGAAGAAAAGGUGCGCCGCAGGCGAGAGGAAGAAAACGACUUGGACGAAGAAAAAAAACAAAGGGCCAAGAACUUUGAUCCGGUUCAUGAAGCUGUUCAAGUCGUGAGAAGCGAGUUGGUCCAGCACUUAAUCAGACAUAUCCGCACGCAUGUGGCAGCGCCUUUUCUUGAGGAGUUCCUGGAGCCAGCCAACCACGUGGCCAAGAGGCGGAAGCUUAACAUAGAUCACUUUGAUGAUCGAGAAGAUGCCAUAAUGCGGGACGAUGGCAACGACAGCUCCCGCAUUGGAACACCCGGACCACGCGCGGAUCCCAUUGACCGGCGCACAAAGCGGCCUCAGGCAAUAAGCUCUCUGCCCCGAAUUCGCAAAAGCGGCCAAACGAAUCGUGGUAAAUUCGUUGACCCAUUUGCCCGCCGCGCCAUUCCGCGGCGCCCCAGGGCUAUUCGUGGACUCCACGAUUGGUUGCGCAGUGCUGGGUCCGAUUCAGAUUCGGAGGAAGAGCUUGGCAUUGGCCAUUUGGCUGGCGCUGGUAGUGAAGAACCCGAAUCUCGGCCUCGCAGCCGUAUGAGCACUGACGACGAUGUGUCCAGAGACGACUACGGAUCCUGGGGUCCUGGUGAGGAAGACUCUAUGACGGAAGUUAGCCUGGCGCCUGCCACUGCGGCUAUCCAAAGGAAGCGCAAACAGAAAGGAUCUGUCGAGAUAGCCCUCAAAAGGCAGAAGAAGGCAGACGAGGGGCUUUCCGGCGUCAACCUGGACCCCAUCGACGAUGAUUCGAGGUAUCGCGUCAACGAUUAUACGCCGGAAGUUGAGCCCACCUCUGAAGAGGGCUUCGAUGUGUCGCGUUCGCAGACACCCCUCUCAGUUCUUCCUGCACCUGUGAGGAAAAAGGCCGUGAAGAACAAGAAAAAGGCUGCAAAGCAAUUGGUCGAGGAACCCGAGACACCGAAGUACGACGAGGUUGAGGUGCAUAUUCAGCCGGACAAUGAUCGCAAUCUGACGUUGGACGUGGCUGAGAAAGCAGCAUACGAAUCUUCCGCCCACGUUUUGUCGGAUAUAUUUGACGAGAAGCUAUUUGCUCGAGAACCUUUGAUACCAGCCCUCGAUAUUCCCGAUGGCUUCAAGCCUGACGUAUGGGCGCUCGAGAGCCUGGCCAUGGGCCCGGUUGAUGCACCUGACUUGAGCCGACUGCAACGCAAAUAUAACACCAAGAACAUUUGCAAUCCAGAACUUUGGCUGUGGAGGCACCAACGCGUCCACGAGCUCAACUCCUCUGAUGAGGGCGACUGCCAUCGCCCCGUUGUCAUUGAUGGUUAUUACAUACCCAAUCCAACCGGAUGCGCGCGGACGGAAGGGGUCAAGAAAAUCCUCAACUCAGAAAAGUCAAAAUAUCUUCCUCAUCACAUCAAGGUCCAAAAGGCGAGAGAAGAGCGGCAGAAGACGGGGAAAAGCUCGAGCGCCAUCGAUACAGCUAGGUUGGCUGCCGACAAGAAAGCAACAAAGGGCAACUCCCGCGCCAAUCGUGCGUCGAACCGUCGCUUUGUUGCCGAGCUCAAUGACCAAAAGAAAAAUCUUGGAUCGGACACAUCAGACGUCUUCAAAUUCAAUCAGCUCAAAAAGCGGAAAAAGCCCGUCAAAUUUGCUCGCUCAGCAAUCCACAACUGGGGCUUGUAUGCCAUGGAGAACAUAAGCAAGGACGACAUGAUCAUUGAAUAUGUUGGGGAGGUCGUGCGUCAACAAGUUGCCGACUUGCGUGAAAAUCGAUACCUCAAGAGCGGAAUCGGCAGUAGCUAUCUGUUCCGGAUAGAUGAGAGCACUGUUGUGGAUGCGACGAAGAAAGGUGGUAUUGCCAGGUUCAUCAAUCACAGCUGCAUGCCCAACUGCACGGCCAAAAUUAUCAAAGUCGAGGGCAGCAAACGCAUUGUCAUCUAUGCUUUACGCGACAUUGCACUUAAUGAGGAGCUCACGUACGACUACAAGUUUGAGAGAGAAAUUGGCAGUCUCGACCGCAUACCCUGUCUCUGUGGCACACCAGCCUGUAAAGGCUUUCUCAACUAG